UGGAGGUGGGCGGGGCGCCUUUUGGCAGGUGGUCGCUGGCAGAAUGGCGGCGGUGACGGCGGCUCGGGGGUCUCAGGGAGGGCGGCGCCUCUGGCUCGGGGUGAGACUGCAUGCUGGAGGGGGAGCGGCCCCGAAAGAGACUGGGGUGGGGAGGGGGAGGGCUCCUCUUGGGAGUUUCGGGUCCGCGGGAGGCGGGAGAUCUUGCCCCUUCCUCCAUUUCACCUGCCCUCCUGAAUACUCCCAAGCACACAUAUGGGCGAGCGGGCAGCGGGAUAAUUUACACCCCCCUGGAAUAGCCCCUGGAGCGGGAUCGACUCUCGUCCCACCACACUCGCUCCGCCCCCCUUGCAAAAGGCGAUGAAAUCUGGCUGGCGAAGGGGAUCGCUUCGCAGGAGCCAGCGAACUUCAGCCUUGAGUGGGUGGACGCGCUUGCUUUUUCACGUGCGAAGCGAGGGUACACUCGGGAUUUCUGAAAGGCGAAGGUGCAAUCGCUCCCCUUUGCUUCAGUUAUCCCUGAGUGUGCAUAAGCCGCCUCAGAACAUCGCAAAGCGUGUUGUAGGAUCAGACCGGGAUCCAUGCAGGCAGGAGCCCUUUGCAAGAAGAAUCCCACGGAAAACUGGCUGGUGGGCUUAUCUUCUGCCCACCCUUGCUUUAGAUUGUACUUCUCCAAAGUCUAAAGCACUGUUGAAUGUAUGCAGGCUGGUCUGUGCCUAUUUACCUGGAGGCUAGUUCUGCUAAAUUCCUCCGUGGUAAGUGUGCAUAGCCGCCUUGAACACGCACCGCUCUGUGAUUAUGGGGACAAGUACAUGCAGGGAUCCGUUCAUACAUGACAGUUCAACUCUCUAAUUGCCUUGCAGAGUAUUUGCUUGUUUAUUUGUCAAUUGCAACCCUGGGGCAACCCCAAAGCGACUUACAACCCGAGUAAACCUCUCUCACUACAGAAUUAACAUAUGUGUUGUAGAUCUUAAUUAACCACAAGUUGUAUUUGAAAUGACUAUUGAAUUGGUUACUGCCCUCUACAACUGUGUGAUAUGCUGUAGUUCCAAAUGAAAUGCACAAUGGAAAAUCUUGCAGGUUCCUUACUACAGUCUCAUCUAUGGAGCUUGAAAGAGACAGUGCAGAAGUUGGAGAAGGGGAUAAAGGCAUAAACCUUUUUGGCUUUCUUUGACAAAUGGAUACAGGGCCCUUGGUGGCAGUUCAGGCAGGGGGGUACAGCUGUAUCAGGCCCAGACUUUGAGUUCCUUUAAACAUAAAAUAAUCUCUUGCCCUUGUAGAACAAAAGUAAAAUGUGCAAGGAACGUUUGAAGGAAUUGCUUUGUGAGAUAGGAACCUGCUCACUCAUUGGCUAAAAGCUCUGAAAGGUAGGAAGUCAGAGCUGUGAUUAAUGAGUGCUAUGGAGAAACGUAGUCGUACAAACCCAAGGGAAUAUUUGCAAAUGGCUUAAAAGUACAUAGGAAGUUCCUUCUCCUGACAAUUUUGAAGGAGCUUCCUGCAGCGAAUCCGAAUCCGUGCCUUGGUUUCUGAACAUUUUGGAAGUCGAAUGGAUUCCGUUUGACUUCCGAGGUACCACUGUAUAUCCAUAUCUCAGGUGAGUAUGAAUCGUGGUUGAGAAGCUAUGCCAUCAUAUUUAUUAUGGACUUUUAAAUUUACAAUUGAAAAGAUUUCAGAUGAACAAAAUAAAGUGAGAAAACAGAAAAGAAAAGGUGCAUAAAAAUACAAAAAACCCUAUAAUUCUAUACAUAUAUAACACAAAGGUCUAUAAAUGAAAUUAUUAUUCCAAUACAUAUACAUUUAUUUAUAACCUACUAUAUUUUUAUAAAUGCUUGCCAAAUAACAAUAUUUGUCUAUAUGCAGUCUAUGUCUAUAAGCUCUCCAUUUGUAUUUUGCAAUAGUUGUCAUCUCUUCUAUCAAUAUCAGUAUUUUAGCAGUAGUGAGGGUGCGGAGAAUCUAUUUAUGUUGACCAGUUGUCAAAUUUCAAGUCGUAGAUAGAUAAUUUAAAAUAAUAUUAUCCUCUGACAAUGCUAGCUUUCCCCCCCCCAAAGGUAAUAUUUAUACAGUCUAGUACUUUCCCCCGAAACCUCAUAAGCAUAAAUGUAUGUUUCAAAUAAGAAUUAUUCUUAUUACAUCUCAUAUUUAUCAUGAAUGUCUAAAAACUGAAGGCUUGCAUGGAUUGAAACAAGCUUCUCUACCCAUUCCUUUUGGGUGGGAUUCAACUAAUGAGUUUCAUCAGCAGAAGCUCUGGGCAAGGACUUUCCUUCCCGUACACCACUCGAUGCCACCUGAAAUUGGAUUGUGGAGGGGGGAGGGGUUCAAGAGAACUCCUGCAACAGUGCACAGGGGAGCAGAGGGGGGAUAAUUUUGUCUGGCAAGCCAAAAUGCUUGCCCUAACAGAACAAUCACCGUAGCAUGAUGUUGAAUUCCUUCCACAGAAAUGCAUCUUGCGCCUGCAUUUGUGGGUUGUUCUCUGUCUGCAACUCAGGAUUUGCUUGUCCUUUGUGUACAGGAAUUGUAAUGAUCUGAUACUGUACAUAGUCUUACAAAAAAGUCUUCCUGUUACAUCGUUUCUAGAUAUAAUUUUGGGGGACUAGAUAUAGGAACAUUUUGUCUUAAACAUUUCAUUCAUCGUUCUAAAGGAAAUGACUUCAUAAUCCAUUCCCCGCAACCUAGAUAUUUUCUAUUUAUUUGGGGAGAAAGCCAAAAGAAAAAAGAAACUUUGGGGAAAACAGAAAAACAUUCUCCCCCGCCCCUGAAUUUUCCCAGUCUUUUUUCAGGGCCUUCAUUUCUCCAUGUUUGUCAGGCAUAUUAAUACUUAUUUGUGGCCCCAGUUCAGUCUUUGGCGCUCUACUCCACCUGCAAAAGAGAACACAAAUUUGCAUAUGACACAAAGCAAUAGUAAAUUAUGGCAGUUUGAAAAUGAAUACGUUGACUGUUCCUGGCACAGCCUUGGGUGAAUUUAGGGUAGCUGAAUUUCUUCACAGAAAAUUGUAGCUGUGCUGCUGAGUAAGUUCUGUGUUCCUGUUUUUUCCAUCUUGUAGAUCCAGAGGAAGGCAAAUUGGCAUUUUUCAUCCUCCUAUUCAUCUUCAGUGGUGAGUUGGUUUCUUCCAAAAUAAAGUUUCAGUUGCAAGCAUAUUGGCUUUAAACAAUCCUGUGGAUUGCAAAUUCUCAACCCACUUUUCUGGCAGUAUUCAUUAACUUUGGUUGCAGAUAAAGGUGGAUAAAUGACUGCAGUUCCGUGAAGAGAAUUAGAGGGAGAGAAAGGAAAAAAGAAUUUAUACUUAAUCCUUAUGUUAAGUAUGUGGAAGAGUUUAGCUUGAUUGGUAUUUCAGCAUUCAGAUAAACUCUGGCACUGACCAACCCUUUGUAUUCUGCAGCCAACAACCAAGCUGUUCAUUGAUGGCAAAUUUGUUGAUUCCAAAAGUAAUGAAUGGAUUGAUAUUCACAACCCAGUAAGUAAACUUCCUUUUUCUUUUGUGCUUCUCUUCUUUGAGGCAGGAAAGGGUUGGAUUGUGCAGUUGACCAGUGUAAGAAGGAAGAGACACUCAGGAGCAACACUUUAAAAUGGAAUUGCUUAAGUAGUCUGAAUUCCAAAGCUGUCUUUAGCUUGAAAUUUAAAAUGUCUUUCUGCAAGAGCUGUCAUGUGGUCCAGUUUUUCACCGACAGAGGAAUAAAGUUGUUUGGCUGGAACUUAAAGCAGUUACCUUAAGAGCAGUGGCAAGGACAUGUGGUCCUCUGGAUGUCGCUGGACUACAACUCCCAUCAUCCCUGACUAUUAACCAUUCUGACUGGGGCUGAUGAGAGUUGACAGUAACAUCCAGAAGGCUAUGAGUUCCCCAUCCCUGGCUUAAGAUUUCAGACACUAAGUGUAGGUACAUAAUCACUGACAUUAUUUUGCUUAAUGUACUCCUGAGUCCUCCUAGUGGGGCAAACUACAACGGAUUUUAUGUGGAGGCUAGUCUGGCAGCUUUAAAGCCGUGUGUCCCUGUGGUGAUAUCGCCCCUUUUAAGACUGGUUUGUGGGAAUGGGUUAGAACCUCAAAAAGAAUGAGCUUGCAUACAGAUGUCUCCUGUUAAGGCUUCAAGGACAGUGUCACAAGGUACAGUAAGUGGGGUGGAAGAGGUAAACACCCAUGGUCUAAGUUCCCAUAAAACCUGGAUUUGUGGGAUCUCUCCACAGCCAGCCAGCGGUCAGCAUUUAUUUGGGCUUUUGACAGCAUCUUGCUCAGACUAUUGAGAUUUAAAUGUAAGCAUUUAUGUUAAUUAGCUUAAGUUUGUGCUUAAUGUUUUCUUACUUUCUGAGCUAUUUUAAUCUGUGUAAUUAUUGGGAGUUUUUCUCUCUUGUAGAGUUUUGUUUUAGUAAAGUCGACCAAGGCAGAUUGGGCCCAGUUAGCGGACCCCCAACAGUCUGUGUAUGAUUUAAUGAAAUUUGGUCUGGUCUGAUUUCCUGAACCCUUUAAUUUUCACCACGUUUUUCAGAUCAAGGGUCAUCUACCACAGUCCCUAAAAUAAAUCCCUGAUUGUCAGGCAUGAGUUCAUGUGCUGUUAGCAAAGCAUGCUGCUUUCCCUUUUACUCCCCUGCAGACCUAUUCAGAGACCUAUUCAGAGAGCGGAGACUCAAAAGUUUGCCAUUCACCCCCAUCUUGGAUUCUCAAGGAAUCCCAUUUCUAUAUAUUAGAGAUGACACCCUUCCUUGAUUAGUGUCUUCAAAGAAGAAGGUUCAUAAUCGGCUAAGCAUUUUCUGUUUGCACAGGACAUGCAAGUCUGUUGCAGCAGAUUUGGAGCCAUUUCACUUAUUGUUUCCGGGUUCUGGUUGUCCCAACCCUUGUAAUGGGUAUUGAGUGGGUAUUGUGCAAAGAAAUAAUAAACUUCCAUCCCAGCUGUCAUGGACUGCAGGAAUGGCCACAGCAUUCUACCACUCCCUGCAUGUCAGGGGUCAGGAUUGCUCUGUUUAUCAUGAAUUUAAGGCCGUAAACUUAAAUAUCCUUACUUGAAAGAGUGACCCACUGAAAUUGAGGUUGGGCUGGACUAGACUUUGCAGCUAGCUCCUAGAAGAUAAUAGUUGGCCCUGAAAUUUAGCCACAAUUUGUGGAUUCCUAUGUUAAGGCAAUCCUGAGUCGGUGGCACAUUUAUAAUGACCAUUUUUGGGUUUACUAUUCUAACAGGCCACCAAUGAAGUGGUUGGUCGUGUCCCCAAAGCUACACAAAGUGAGAUGGAAGCAGCAGUGGCUUCGUGCAAGAAAUCUCUACCGAGCUGGGCUGAGACAUCCAUUCUGAGUCGGCAACAAGUCUUCUUGCGAUACCAACAGCUCAUCAAAGACAAUCUGGUGAGGAACUGGACUGACCAGAUUGUGUGUGUUUUGAACAGUUAUUUUUAAACUGUGGGUACUGAUAAUGUUAUUGAUUUAUUCUUGUAAAACGCUUUGUGGUGGGGAGGUUUCUUCAGUCAGGCGUUAUACUAAUUUUAUUAAAUAAAUAAGUGCCCUUGGCUAUAAAAUGGGAAUUAAGAUAGCCUUCCCUACAAAAUCGUUACAGAAAUGAGCAAAAUAAUGUGUACAAGCCUCUUCUCACAUUAAAUAAUUUUACCCUGUUCAGGAGGUGUAUUAUCUUGCUCUACAUAGAGUUUGUAGGCUGCCUAGAAACAAGAUGAAGUGGACUGUGGUCCUGAAAACCUAUGCCAGAAUAACAUUGUUAGUCUUUAAGAAUUUAUUUAUUUAUUUAUUUAUUUAUUGCAAAAUUGCAUUUUAUUCUCACUCUCAGUGGUCCAAAUGACCCAUCCACCAGCUGCGUACAGCCAGGAAGAAGAUGGGGGCAGGGUGGUGAUUACUCAUGUGCAGAGUGGCUUUUCCCUACUAUUGCACUUGGCCUCCUGCAGCACAGUAAAUCUUGCUUCUUGCCUUCUGGUUCAGUAGAUGAGCUUUACUUCCACCUUUGUUGAGUUUCCCUUUUCUCAGUUUCAGGAAUUCUCAUUACCUUUUCUUUUCUUUUUUUCAAUCACCAGAAAGAAAUUUCAAAACUGAUCACCUUAGAGCAAGGGAAGACCCUGGCUGAUGCUGAGGGAGAUGUGUUUCGAGGCCUCCGUAAGCUGCCGGCACCUCUUGCUGUACAUAGAAAAUGGCUUUUCACGGGCUGAGGGAAGAGCAGAAUACUUCUGAGUACUAGGCGUUCUAGGGCCUUGGAAGGAUAGCCCCUUCUGUAACCUUCCAAGAAGGAAUUCUGAAUACUCUGUGAAUUUUAAACAACACUUCUGCUUUUCUCGCUUUGUAUAUUUUGCUUUGUAUAUUUCGAGUAUAUUCUGAAAUGCUAAGAGCUUUGUUUUCCUUUCUGAUAUCUUUUUGAUAAUACUGACAGUAUUCUUUUAUGGUAGAAUUAUUAUUAUUAUUAUUAUUUCUUAUUUGUACCCCACCCAUCUGGCUGGGUUUCCCAGAGAGCCAGUGUGGUGUAGUGGUUAAGAGCGGUAGAUUCAUAAUCUGGUGAACCAGGUUCGCGUCCCCGCUCCUCCACAUGCAGCUGCUGGGUGACCUUGGGCUAGUCACACUUCUCUGAAGUCUCUCAGCCUCACUCACCUCACAGAGUGUUUGUUGUGGGGGAGGAAGGGAAAGGAGAUUGUUAGCCGCUUUGAGACUCCUUUGGGUAGUGAUAAAGCGGGAUAUCAAAUCUAAACACUUCUUCUUCUUCACUCUGGGCGGCUUUCAACAAAGAUUGAAAAUACAUUAAAAUGUCACACAUUAAAAACUUCCCUGAACAGGGCUGCCUUCAGAUGUCUUCUAAAUGUUAGGUAGUUGUUUAUCUCUUUGGCAUCUGAUGGGAAGGGCGUUCCACAAGACGGGCGCCACUACUGAGAAGGCCCUCUGUCUGGUUCCCUGUAGCUUUGCUUCUCGUAAUGAGGGAACUGCCAGAAGGCCCUCGGUGCUGGACCUCAGCAUCCGGGCAGAACGAUGGGGGUGGAGACGCUCCUUCAGGUAUACUGGGCCGAGGCCGUUUCGGGCUUUAAAGGUCAACACCAACACUUUGAAUUGUGCUCGGAAACAUACUGGGAGCCAAUGUAGGUCUUAGUUAGCAGAGUUCCUGUCUCCAUUUGGACAUGAAUCCACCUCACCCGUUAAUUAUCUGAAUUGAAGUAAUUCUCAAGCAGAAUCCUAUCCCUGUCGGAAUGGGAAGUAUUUCUGGAUGGUAAUGAAUGUACAGUGGUGCCUCGCAAGACGAAAUUAAUCCGUUCUGCGAGUGUCUUCGUCUAGCGGUUUUUUCGUCUUGCGAAGCAACCCUAUUAGCGGCUUAAUGGAUUAGCGCUAUUAGCGGUUUAGCGGCUAUUAAAGGCUUAUCGGCUUAGCGGAUUAGCUGCUAAAAGGCUAUUAAAGGCUUAGCGGCUUAGAUAAAGGGGGGGAAAAGCGGGGGAAAAAAUCUCAAGACUCGCAAGACAUUUUCGUCUUGCGAAGCAAGCCCAUAGGGAAAUUUGUCCUGCGAAGCAACUCAAAAACGGAAAACCCUUUCGUCUAGCGGGUUUUCCGUCUUGCGAGGCAUUCGUCUUGCGGGGCACCACUGUAUCAGUUAUAGUGAAGGAGCUGCAAAAGCUAGCCAGAUCGUGAGGGCAUUGGAAAGAGCAUUUCCAGGGAGAUUCGUAAACUGAGAAGUCCCUGUUCUUUGUUGCAGAGGUCGUUGAACAUGCUUGUAGUGUGACAUCCCUUAUGCUGGGUGAGACCCUUCCCUCCAUCACUAAAGAUAUGGACACUUACACCUACCGCUUGCCUCUGGGAGUGUGCGCAGGCAUAGCACCUUUCAAUUUCCCAGCCAUGAUUCCUCUCUGGAUGUUUCCCAUGGCCAUGGUGUGCGGGAACACUUUCUUGAUGAAGCCUUCUGAGCGGGUGCCGGGAGCCCUCAUGUUUCUUGCAAAGCUGCUGCAGGAUGCUGGAGCCCCCGAUGGGACACUGAACAUCAUCCACGGACAACACGCAGGUAAUUCCAGAGGAGGCUUGCCUGCCGCCAUUCAUUUCAAAAUGUUUAAGGCAAAAACAUUCCUCUUAUCCCAGGCCCUGUGAUCCUCAGAGCCAGUGUGGUGUAGUGGUUAAGAGCGGCAGUCUCGUAAUCUGGGGAACCGGGUUCGCGUCUCCGCUCCUCCACAUGCAGCUGCUGGGUGACCUUGGGCCAGUCACACUUCUCUGAAGUCUCUCAGCCCCACUCACCUCACAGAGUGUUUGUUGUGGGGGAGGAAGGGAAAGGAGAAUGUUAGCCGCUUUGAGACUCCUUAAAGGGAGUGAAAGGCAGUAUAUCAAAUCCAAACUCCUCUUCUUCUUCUUCUUCUUCUUCAGAUGAAAGGCAGUAUAGAAAUUUAAUAAAUAGCUAAUAAUAACAAUAACAAUUGCAGGGCAGGCCUCCAAGGCUGUAGUGUAGGGGCAGAAUGGGGUUGAUAUCAUGUUGAUUUCAUGCAGGCAAGGAUGUGCUAUAUAGCCAAGAUUGGGUGCUUGUGUUCUCUUUUAACUGUUUAAAAAUAAGCGCCUUCUCCAUCUUUCCCACUUUGAUCCUGGUAAUCACAGGUGCAAAUUCCCCACUCCUUCAAGAGGUAUGCCUUGAAAGGCUAGGAAAAAAUCUUCCCCUUCUACCACUCUUGGUCUUCCCUAUUUGCAAGUGUGACCAGGUUAUUUGCUUGUCCAGAUCAUGUGUUUGUGUAGUGAUCUGGGAACAAGGAAGGUGUGAGGCUUGGUGAGCCAAGUAGAUAGCCCAAAUGGGAGAGUGUUUUUGUUUUAAGGACGUUCUGUGAGAACAUUGGAGUGUGGGAGAGGGAGAAAUUUGGUUGAUUUUUUAAAAUGUAUUUUUAUUAAAGAUUUUCUUGAUUUACAAAAGUAUGUGCAAUGUUUCUCUCUCAUGUUCCCCCCCAUGUGACAUUUUUACAAAUCAGUUUCAUUUGUUGAAACAUUAGGAAGAAAGGGGGGAAAGAGUUGCGGGGGGAGGUGUGACGAUGUUUCUAUUUUACUUAACAUAUGUAGGGAGAAAUUUGGUUUAUUUGUUUAGGUUAUUGUUGCCACAGCACAAAGAUGGAGAGCUCUUUGUUGACAAGAUAUAAUGAACAGUGUUUUUUGUUUUGUUUUUUCAGCCGUGAAUUUUAUUUGUGAUCACCCUGAUAUCAAAGCAAUCAGCUUUGUAGGAUCUAAUCAGGCUGGAGAAUAUAUCUAUGAAAGGGGUUCCAAGAACGGCAAGAGAGUGCAGGCCAAUAUGGUAAAACUCCGCAAAAUGUACCACUUGACAUCUCUGUUUAUAGGAUAGUUGUUGAUGAUCCUGGAAAAAUCUAUAAUUUUAAUGUCCUGAAUUGUAUUUCUGAAGUUUUGAUGUUACAGUCGAAAACAACAAACUUCAAAGUCAUUUUAAGUAUGGUUAACACGAAACCUUUGAAUACUCCAUAUAUUAACACUUAAUUAUCUAGCAGAAGAUCUCAAAAAUGUAAAAAACUUUUUGUGACACCUUGCACCCUUUUUGGUUCUGAUUUUACAUUGGUGUAACAGCCACAUUUUCCUUGAAGGUCUGGGACCAUUUAAGCUGAUGUUUACUGUUGCUUAAUAUAUACAUAUAUUCAGCUUCUUCUUUUUUUAAAAAAAAAGUACAUUUCAUUCUAGGGCGCUAAGAACCAUGGAGUAGUGAUGCCGGAUGCCAAUAAGGAGAACACCCUGAAUCAGUUGGUUGGAGCAGCUUUUGGAGCAGCUGGGCAACGUUGCAUGGCAUUAUCCACAGCAGUCUUGGUGGGAGAGGCUCGGAAUUGGUUGCCCGAACUGGUGGAGAGAGCCAAGAAGCUGCGAGUUAAUGCAGGUGCCGAUGCAUUUGUUUUAAUCCAAUCCAAUUUCUGCAGAUCUAGAAAAAGAGUGGGCAACCUGUGGCCUCCCAGAUGUUGUUGGGCUCCAGCUCCUAUCAUUCCUCACCAUAGGUCGUGCAGCAACACAUGGAGAGCCACAGGUUGUCUAAUCUAGAGCAUUAGAAUGUGUGUUGUAAUGUGCUUGUUAAAGGCUCAUUUUUGGAGCCGUGAAGAUGAUCAGUGCAACUUCUGCCCAUUAAAUUGUUUCUCUCAAGUGUCUAAUAAAUUUGCUGCUUUUUCAUAAUGUAAUAAGAUCUCGGAACACUCAUUGCAUUUAACCUUAUAAUAAAAACCAUGUUCACUUUAUGGAACUUCACUGCCUUGUCACCAAAAUUAAGAGUUGCAUAGCUGGCUAGCUAAUUACUUAGCUACGUUGAAAAGGAUCAGAAUAUAUGGCACUAUUAAAAUAAACCUGUGUCUAAAGGCUAAAGAGCACAGUUAGCCUUGGAUGGGCUAAAUAUGUAGCAGUGUUACAAGGCUGCAUCACGAGGACCAUGUUUAAUUUCCUAUGUUGACAUUGCUUGCUUUAUUGCUUGAUUUUUGUUAGGUGUUGAAAAAGAAGAGUUUAGGAUUUGAGCAGGUUUUGUGUAUUGUCAUAGGAGACCAGCCUGGAGCAGAUCUGGGGCCGCUGAUCAGUCCCCAGGCCAAGGAGCGUGUCUGUCAACUGAUUGACAGUGGAGCAAAGGAGGGGGCUAGCAUCCUUCUUGAUGGACGAAAUAUCAGAGUGAAAGGUUUUGAAAAUGGCAAUUUUGUUGGACCGACAAUCCUUGCGAAGGUCAAGGUGAGCUGAUGUACUGAUCAGCAGGUGCAAAUUAAAACACCUUAAAACUAAGGAAGACAUGAACAUUGAUCCAGCAUGUUCCAAGAGGUAGCCUUCCCUUUGGUCUUCAAAAGACUGGUGUUGGCCUACAGCUAUAUUUUAUGCCAUAGUGAAAUGUUGCAAAUGUCCUGAUACCUGGCUAUUGAGGUGAGCUGUGGCUAGAAUGUGGAAUGGUUGUCAAAAAGUGGUGAAGUUCAAGAAUGAUGUUUGGUGGAUAUAUGGGAAUGGAUGGAUAAGGAAUAAUAAAGGCUGGAAUGCGGUGGAGAACCUUUCCCUGAAUAAAAAAAUGGUAAAUUGGCCCAUUUUUGAAUGCCUUAGAUAUGACUGGCAUUUGAACAAUUGUGCAACAUGGCAUUUAUUGGUGGUAUCUGAUGUUUCAGUGUGCCUUUCAAAUGUUUAUGUUUGCAAAGCAUCUUGCGAGGGAAUAUGCUCUAAGAUGGGAUAAAAUCUGUUUAAUAAAUGACUGGGGUCAUUGUAGGGAUCACAAGACUACAACACAUUUUGCAACCUCACUUCAGUCCGUCCUGCCAGUCCACUGUGAAGUUGUUGAGAGAAGAAUCCCAUUUCCCCCUUUCCAUUUUUCAUCUACAUUUCUUGCCUACUGAGUAUAUUCAGACCUCACCAUUCUUGCUUUUUGUUGGUUUCCUCCCCAACCCCCUGCAUUAGGUGGUGGUUCUCCUUUUUUUGUACUUCUGCAAACCUUGGGGUUCUCCCCUCCCAAGCUUAGUGAUAGCCUCCUUCUUGUUUCUUAGUCUCCCUGUCUGGUUACAAUCCUGGCAGCAGCCACCAUCCGAGUUCAAUAUUGGAGGGAGGGAUGAUAGCCUAGAGUGGUAGCCAUUUCAUCAAAAGGAACAGAAGGGUCCUUUGGGGUGAUGACUUGUGAAGGAAAAGGAUGUUUCUGUGUUAAGUGUCAGAAAUAAGAUUUCUGCAGAAUCUGACAUGCGGUACAAUUAAAAGUUGCUUCUUUCUUGACAGCCCAAUAUGACCUGCUAUAAGGAGGAAAUCUUUGGACCAGUUCUAGUGGUUCUGGAAGCAGACAGUCUGAAUGAAGCAAUUGAAAUAAUAAAUAAAAAUCCUUAUGGGAAUGGAACAGCCAUCUUUACCACCAAUGGUGCCACUGCUCGGAAGUACUCUCACUUAGUAGAUGUUGGGCAGGUAUGUAAAGGUUGAGGUUCGUGCUGAACAGCUUAGGGUACUGUUUUAGCUCCAUCAUAGCUCCAUGACAGAGCAGAUGCUCUACAUCCAGACUGUCCCACAUUCCAUCUUUAGCAUCUCUUAGUGAAAAGAUUGUUGGAUAGCAGGGUUGGGAAAUUCCCUCUCCAACACUAAAGGUGCAAGAAGAACCUUGUCCUCUUUCCUGUGUGGCCUUUCAUACUGAGAGAUCUCCAUCUGAAUGUAAUACACUUGCCCCAUUUUCCCUUUGUGGAGCCAUUUGCCAUGCUACCAACGACAUACUGAAGGCUAUUUUAUUAACGAACCGAGGACCAAACUGAUGCUGAAUGCAUUACUGCAUUCAACGUGCAAGUUUUUUAAAAUGCAAAAGCUUUCUCUUUCUCUUCUUUUUUGGCCCUGAGGUUACAAAGUAAGAAACUGCUCAGUGCUUACCCAGUGAGACUACAGCAGAGCAUUGAUUUGAAUCCAGGUUACCUUGAGCCUAGCCUGACUCUUUUUAGAUUUAUUUGUGCAUUUUCUUUGAUUUAUAAUAAAAUUAUCAAUUUUGACUUUGCUUUAGAUUGGUGUGAAUGUUCCAAUUCCAGUGCCUUUGCCAAUGUUCUCCUUCACUGGUUCUCGCGGGUCUUUCAGGGGGGACACCAAUUUCUACGGCAAACAGGUAAUCCAUUAAGGUUUUAUUUAUAUAUAUAUAUUAUGAUGCAUGCUGCAGCAAGCCAGGAGGAGCCAAGGAGGGAAGAAAAACUUGUAAGAGAUAAACUUGUAAGAGAUAGUCAAAGGGAAGGCUUAUCAGCAUGCUGUAUUUCUGACAAGAGAAAAUGAGCAGGAAAAUAUAUUUUGCCUUGUGGCAGGUGUGAAGAACCUAUAGCACUCCAGAUGUUGCUAGACGACAACUCUUAAUUAUUCCUGACCAUGGGCCAUGCUGCCUGGGGUUGAUAAAUUUGGAGUCCAACAAAGUCAAAAGGACUGCAGGUUCCCCUGCAGCCUUAUAGUUAAAACUAAAACCAGUGACUCUGCAGCACAAACUGAUAUGAACAUCUGACUCUUUGUCUCUUUCAGGGUGUACAUUUCUACACACAGCUGAAGACAAUCACUUCUCAGUGGAAGGAGGAAGAUGCUACUGAUGCCAAGCCUGCCGUCGUUAUGCCAACCAUGGGGAACUAAAGCACCUUGUUAAAUUUGCUCAAGAUGCUGCUGAAAGUAUUCUUCACCCACUGAUGCAAGCUGCUCUUGGAUAUUCCCUGUUGCCAUUGUUGCCCUAGAAAUAACAAAGAUUGCUUCAUUUCAGGCUCCGCAUUUAAAAUCAAAUUGGCCAGGGCCCUUUAACACAAAAUUUAGAUUUUUUUCAUCUACAUACUGGCUAACCCAAGGUAGUUUCUUUAAUUCUAGAGAAAAUAAUCUGUUGUGUGUAAACAGACAAAAUCAGCUUCUCUUGUCCCACUUAUGCAACCCAGUGCUGAGAACCCAGACUCUAUUUUUCAUGGGAUGUUAGUGUUUAAGAAUCAAUUGCUGCAGUUACUGCUGUUUCUCUGUUCACAGCUGCUGUCAGAAUCUAAUUCAGCUUUCCCCCGCAAUAAACUCUGGAUACUUCAGAGAAACAGAUUUACUCAUUACAGGAUUGAGCAGUAAAUGUGCAGGUACUCGACUUUAAUAAGUAGUCUCCAAGAAUCUCACACAUAGGAAAUAGCUGUUGCAAAGAGACAGUGAACUUUAGUUCCCAUGAUGCAUGGAAACAGCAUGCAAGCUGCUUUAAAGCGGACAGAUUUUCUACCUUAACACAGGAAUGUGCCUAUACCUUAUUUAUGCCCUAAAUAUUUUUGGAACCAAAACAUGUGUGAUCUUUGCUUCUGGGGCUGCUAGACCACCAUGGCGUCAAAAAUAAUAAGCCUUCAUAAAGAUGCAAUUGGUUCUAUCAGUCUAGCUUUCACUGGGAUAUUACUUCCCAUUACACUAGUGCAAAGGAGAAUUGUCGAUUCUAGGGCUAUUUAAAGGCAGUCCUGCAUAGUGGGAGUACAUGCAACUUGAGAUGACACCUUGAAUUGCACAGCAGUGUGAUCUGCAUAGGUUAGCUGUGCGUGAUGCAGUCAUGGGAUAGGGAGGGAUAAACUAUCUGGCUUCAUAGGGAUGUUAGUGGCAUAAAAAAAACAUGCUCAAAGUCCUUUCUUCCACUUUGAAACCAUGCAGUGAUUUUUUUAAGUUGUCUAAUGAAACAAAUUGGACUCAUUUGAUAUUCUGCCUUUUGUAACCAGCAAGCGCUUAAACUGAAAAUGGUAAUGAAUAAUUGAAUUGAUUAAUACUCUGUAUGUUGUGUCUUACAUUGGUGUUAAUCAUGAAUAAAUGGCUAUUAAAUUCAGAA